AGGUUGUAGCGCAGUAGCAGUAGUGAGUAAGUUUUAAGAUCGCAAGCCGUAACACGAUUCCUACGGCUAGGCUCAUCUACAAUCAAUUGAGAACGGCGCUGUUAUGCUUUCGAGUUUAGGUUUAGGUUAAGAAAGAGGAAUGAGAUGGCUGUGAGAAAAGCCUACCUGUGGUCGCUGUAUCUUGCAAAUUGGAAUAAUUUGCUACUGCUGGAAUAUGUCUGGCUGAAAAGGAAGGGAAGGUUGAAUCGUCGCCGGUGGUGGGUACGGCCGGUAAAUCGUGUGAGAGACGCCCAAGGUUUCUACUCUAACCUCGUCAGGGAACUACUUGAAACUGAUCACGAAGAAUUUUUUACGUUGUUCCGAAUGUCGCCUGAACAGUUUCGUAUUUUGGUUGAGCUCCUUCAUCCUCGUCUUAAAAAGCGAAGUAAACGCACACCACUACCAACAGACCUUCGUGUUGCCGUCACAUUGCUGUGAGUUGUUUUGUACAGUUUUCUGCUUGAUUCUGUUUAAUAUAUUUUAAUGUCAUCUGUGAUAAACUUUGUAGGUAUAUAGCUCAAGGAGACACAGCCAAACUGAAACACGUGGAAUUUAGAAUUGGGACAUCCACGGUGUACAAAAUAAUACACGAAACUUGCAGAGAGAUUUGGAACGUAUAAUACUUCAGCCUCUUGUUUUGAAAAAUCCCAGCAAGGAAGACUGGAAGACCAUCAGUAAUGGCUUCAUGAUAUCCUGGCAGUUUCCCAAUUGCUUAGGGCCAUUGAUGGCAGACAUAUGAGGGUUCAAGCACCCUCGAAUUCGGACUCGAAUUACUUCAAUUACAAGCAGUUCUUCAGCAUGGUUAUGAUGGCAGCGUGUGAUGCACAGUACAAGUUUACAUGGGUGGAUGUCGGACAAUUUGGUUCCAUAAGUGAUGGCGGGGUAUGGGCCAACACUGAUUUUGUAGAGGAUUUAUCAUCCGGAGAUGUGCCCUUGCCUGAUCCCAGCCCACUUCCAGGAAGCGAAAUGCCCUUCCCCUAUGUGUUUGUGGGAGAUGAAGCAUUUCCACUCACAACUUACAUGAUGCGGCCGUAUCCAAGGAAAACGUUAACAGAUGAAAAAAGAAUUUUCAAUUACCGUUUGUCCCGAGCACGGCGGGUAAUUGAAAACGCUUUCGGAAUUUUGACUGCACGGUGGAAGAUCCUACAAAGACCACUCUGCAUGUCACCUACCAACUGCGAAAAUAUCUUCAGAGCCCUUCCCUGCCUUCAUAAUUUUAUUAUGAUGGCUGAAGAAGAAAGAAAUUGGAAUGACAGAGAAUACUGCCCCAGAAACAUAAUUGAUGUGGAAACAGAGGAUGGGACUAUCACAGAUGGGGAAUGGAGGAAUUACUGCAUUUCGUACUUCGCUAGGCUUGGCCGAGUCGGGGCUAAUCGAGCUGGAGAUAUUGCCAAUGGUAUGAGAAAUUAUCUACGAGAUUACUUUGUGUCAUCGAUGCCAUCACUGCGCGACACUUCAAUCACUCAGCUCAUUAUUACUCAUACAUAGUACGCUGUAUUUACAAGUACACUCACUCUUUGACACACUAACACACACACAUUAAACUCUUUGAGCGUGUGUGAUGCUUCAUUUUACCACAGUGCAUCGAAACUACUUGGACACGUUGCCUUCUUCCAUACUAUUAUUGUCUUCUGGUCUCGCCACGUACAAACUGGGGUCUAUCACCUUUGGGAUAGGUUUAAUUUCUG